GACAGUGGUGGAAUCAGUACUGUCAAAAUGGCGCUCAAGGAACAAGUCGGACAAAAGAUUAUGAAUGAAGUCAUCAAGCAGAAAAAGAAGACAGCAGGCGGGGUCGAAUGGCGAAUCCUCGUAGUGGAUCAGCUCGCCAUGAGGAUGGUUUCAGCCUGUUGUAAGAUGCACGACAUCAGUGCCCAGGGUAUCACUCUAGUCGAGGACAUCAAUAAAAAGCGUGAGCCUCUUCCAACAAUGGAGGCCAUUUAUCUGAUUACCCCCUGCAAUCCCUCGGUGCAGAAGCUCAUUGAAGAUUUCAAUAAUCCUACAAAGAUGGUCUACAAGGCUGCACAUGUUUACUUCACUGAAGUGUGCCCGGAGGAGCUGUUCAAUGAACUCUGCAAGUCCCCCGCCGCUAAAAAGAUCAAAACCCUCAAAGAGAUCAACAUUGCAUUUCUGCCGUAUGAAUCGCAGGUCUUUUCCUUGGAUUCUCGUGCGACAUUUGCUUGCUUCUACAAUCCUAAUUUCGCCGAUCUGAGGAACGCUGAUAUGGAACGAAUUGCUGAGCAAAUAGCCACCCUCUGCGCCACUCUUGGGGAGUAUCCGUCUGUUAGAUAUCGCAGUGACUUCGAACGCAACGUCGAAUUGGCUCAGAUGGUUCAACAGAAGCUAGACGCGUACAAGGCAGAUGAACCUACAAUGGGUGAGGGCCCGGAAAAGGCUCGUUCUCAACUUCUUAUUCUUGAUCGCGGUUUCGAUUGCGUCUCGCCUCUGCUCCACGAGCUGACACUUCAAGCUAUGGCCUACGAUCUCUUGGAGAUUGAGAAUGACGUCUACAGAUAUGAGGCGUCCGCUGGACAAGCUGAGAAGGAAGUACUGUUGGAUGAGAAUGAUGAGUUGUGGGUAGAGCUGAGGCAUCAGCACAUUGCUGUCGUUUCCCAGAACGUCACAAAGAAUCUGAAAAAGUUCACGGAAUCAAAGAGAAUGCCACAGGGUGACAAGCAGAGCAUGAGGGACCUCUCGCAGAUGAUUAAAAAGAUGCCUCAGUAUCAGAAGGAGCUGAGCAAGUAUGCAACUCAUCUGCAUCUUGCUGAGGAUUGCAUGAAGCGUUACCAAGGCAACGUGGAUAAGCUCUGUAAGGUUGAACAGGAUCUGGCAAUGGGAACAGAUGCCGAGGGUGAUCGAAUAAAAGAUCAGAUGCGUAAUAUCACUCCGAUUCUUCUUGAUCAGACAGUGAAUAACCUUGAUAAGCUACGUAUUAUUGCUCUCUACGUAAUAAGCAAGAAUGGAAUUCCCGAGGACAAUUUGAACAGAUUGGUCCAACAUGCUCAAGUCUCACCUGAAGAUAAACAGACGAUCAUCAACAUGGCAAAACUUGGUAUCAACGUCGUUGUAGAUGGCCCACGCAAGAAACAGUAUACGGUAACACGCAAGGAACGUAUCACUGAACAGACUUAUCAGAUGAGUCGUUGGACACCAAUUGUCAAGGAUAUUAUGGAGGACGCCAUCGAGGAUAAACUCGACUCUAAGCACUUUCCUUUCUUGGCAGGACGAGCUACUAACUCCGUGUAUCACGCUCCAACAAGUGCUCGCUAUGGCCACUGGCAUAAGGAUAAAGGUCAGCAAACGAUUAAAAAUGUACCACGGUUGAUCGUAUUCAUCGUAGGCGGCGUCUGCUUCUCGGAGAUACGUUGUGCCUAUGAAGUGACAAAUGCUCUCAAGAAUUGGGAAGUUAUAAUCGGUUCCUCUCAUAUAAUAACGCCAAAGUCUUUCAUUUCGGAUCUUUCGAAGCUUCACGCCUAAUUUCAACAAACGACAGAGUAUUAACAUUCCCCUAUAUUAAAUGUAACGUGCUAAUUUACAUUUAAUUCGCAACUAGCCCCACCAUCCCCAUCGGUAUUACCAGCCAUGAAGUUCCGUCAGCAAUACCGGCAAUUGAAUUAAAAUUAAAUGAAAAACAUUGCAAGUCAAUUUGUUAUACAAAAUCGUUACGCAAUUGUGUUAAGAGAUCGCGAACAAAUUCGGAAUUUAAGUAUCAAGAAAAGGAAGUGUCAUCUCGAAUCAAGUGCCUGCGCGAAGAUGAUGGGAUCUAUGACAGGACUGGUUUUACUGAUGUGAAUCAUUAAGAUUGAAAGAACGUGUUGCCAUUAUGCAUAGCUCCGUGACUAAUACUGUAGCUACAGAUAUUCCUGAAUCGAUUGGGAAGCUUAGUCACUUGUUCGGAAUUAAAACUGAUGAAAAUUCAUAUACUUAAGUCCUUGUCGUCUAACUCGCACUUCGAAAUGUCUCAAUAUGCGAUUUUCUCCAUUUAUAUAAGUAUUUUUGUUUUCCUUUUGAUAGAUGCCAUUGGCGUAUUCAAUGAUCUAAUGUGGCUAUGGUGUACUUCAAUGAUCUAACAGAUGUCUAUAGCAUGGUGCGAAUGCUUCUCAAGAGGAAGCAGUCUGACGAGUUUAAAGUUAUGUAACGUGUAAAUGUACGUGUAUAUUUGAGACCGUGCGUAUAUGCACGCGUCAUUGAUGAAUGAAAGAUUGAAAAAGUGAUGUUGGCAACGUGUCAAUUGAAAUAUUAACUCUGCUAAAAUUCGUAACGAUACGUAACCGUAGAAGACAUAGAUUGAAAUGUUGGUAUAUAGGGGAUGAUCACUUUUGGUCAGUGGAGGUUUGUCUGUUACUUGAUUGAUCGUAUAUUUAAAACAUAUAUACAUGUACAUUAAACAAUAUGUUAUGUUAGCGAGAGCUGAUUAUCUUGAAAUUGAAAAUAUUUAUAAAAAUAUAUGUAUGUAUGUAGAAAAACGGUAAACAAGGUGUUCUGCUUGCAAAGGCCUAGAUGCCACUAUUACUCAAAUUAUUGUUAUUCAUUACAAGCAAGAUCUAUGUUGGUAAACUACGGUGAAUAAAAGGGGUCUCGCAUAACGUCUGUCAACAGUCAAGGAUGAUCUCGAGUGUGUUGAUCAAAAUGAAAUUCGUACAGAUAUAUUCUGUCGUCUUUGAUCUUAUUAUUCAGUUUCUAAGCAGUGAAUCAUUGUAUAAUACAAUUUUACCAACCUUAUGAAAUGGUAUAUAGUAAAGUGCCCUAUAUAAUAGUAUACCAAACAAAGUGUGUUCUAUUGAUAAAUCAUGAUAAAGAUCUAUUAAGUUAGAAACUCA